UGCAUUUUCUCUGGGGUUUUGUUUUCUGGACAUACUAAGUGAUCAGAAUGACGAACCACAGGGACCAGAAGGACGUUGUGAUCGAUAUAAGGAAGAAGCUGAAGGAGGCAGGGCCACCAAUAACUAAAAAGUGUACCAUAUACAGAGUGCCCUUUGAUAUCCGCAAACACAAAGUAGAUGCAUACACCCCAAAGAUUGUUUCUAUAGGCCCUCUUCACCACAACACUCAUCCUGGCCUUCAAAACAUGGAAAGACACAAACUCAUUUAUUGUAACUCAUUUCUUGAACGAACCCAAACAGAUGUGGACACCUGGAUCCGCCGCAUAGAAGGGAUAGAGCCUGAUUUGCGCCGCUGUUAUUCAGAAAAGCUUGAGAUCAGCAAGGAGGAACUGGUGAAUAUAAUCUUGGUGGAUUCUGGUUUUAUAUUUGAGCUUUUCCGGAAAGACUAUUGCAAGGACUGGUCUGAGAAUGACACAUUUAUUUCAAUUCCCUUGAUAAGGGACACUGUAGCAGUAGAUUUGUUCUUAUUUGAGAAUCAGAUUCCAUUUCAUGUUCUCACCGAUCUUUUCAAACUCUCUCGCACCACUGGAUCUGAUGCUGGUAACAACGCCAUUCCUUCAUUUGAUGAACUUACCUUUCACUAUUUUGAUUUUUACAACAAACCUAAGUUGAAAUUCGAUGAUGAAAGUAUUAGCAUAAGUCACUUCACGGAUCUAGUUAGAACUUUCCACUUGCAACAUCCUCAGGAAAACCGACCUUCUAGGCGUGAUGAAUUACUGAAACAUGUUCCUACUGCUAACGAGUUGUCAGAAGCAGGUGUGCACUUUAAGGUUCUCAACAGGGACUGUUUGCUAGACUUGAAAUUUUCAGGAGGAGUUCUUCAAAUGCCGCAGUUGACAGUGGAAGAUCGUACUGAGGUUUUGUUUCGAAAUAUGGUGGCUUUGGAGCAGUGUCACUAUCCUCUAGAAUCCUACAUUACAGACUAUAUUUGUCUUUUUGACUUCCUUAUAAACAGCAGCAAAGAUGUGGAUACACUGGUCCAACAGGAAGUACUGGUGAACUGGACAGGAGACACUGAUACUGUGGUCAAUCUGUUCAAUAGUCUUGGCAAAAAUAUUACACAGUCAAACAUGAAUUCAAAUUACUUAUUUGUCAGUCAAAAAUUGAAUGUUUUUUAUCGUAAUAUCUUUAAUAAGAUGAAAUCCACUCUGAGACGUGAUUAUUGCAACAGUCCUUGGCAAACUGCUGCUACCAUUGCUGCAAUUGUUCUCCUUGUUCUCUCUGUGAUUCAAACAGUUUGUUCUAUCAUCGGUGUACUUCCGAAAGAAUAGAUUUAUGCCUCUAUCUCCUUGAAGACCUGAUCGAUUCAGUUAUUUUUACAUGUUACAUGCUAAUUGUUGUGAGUGUUUUUUUUUAUUCAUUUCAAUUUCGGUGUUUCAAUGGUUUCCUCACUUGGAGUGUUGUAAUUGAUUAUUCUUAUGAUGCUAAGCGUGAAGCUUGGUGAUGCUCUCAAAGAAUAUUAUGCAGAACAUGAUCUAAUCUAAUGUAGUUAGUCUCGCUGGGACU